AGAGACUCUACGCAUGUAUCGAGUGUCGGUGGGAGGGAGAGAGGAGAAACCUUUGGACAUCCGAUAAGGGAUUGCAAGCGCUGUCGAGGUGAGCCACCAUGACUGCCCUUAGGCAGAGGAAGGGCAGCAAAGGAAGUAAGGAGCCUGGUCCAGAGGUCCUGAACCAGAGGUUCUACCCUUCAGCAGAGCCCCUAGAGAGGACUUCAGACGGCGUAUGGACAUGGAGGACAGUGCUGUGGGUUGCCAUAGGUUGGACUGUGGGAAUUAGUCUUGGCAUGCUGUCCUGCAUCUAUGUGGCUACGCUUCAUGAAAAUGACCUGUGGUUUUCCAACAUUAAGGAAGUUGAGCGUGAAAUCUCCUUUCGGACAGAAUGUGGCCUGUACUACUCGUACUAUAAACAGAUGUUGAGAGCUCCCUCCAUACAGCAAGGUCUUUCAGAGCUCAUCAAUGAUAACGCCACUGAAUCCAAGAGAACCAUCAACCUCCUGCGACGCAUGAACAUCUAUCAGGAGGUGUUUCUAGGUGUUCUCUAUAGGAUUCUACCCAUACAGGCCUACCUGGAGCCAGUGUAUUUCUAUAUCUACACAGUGUUUUCCCUCCAAGCGGUGUAUGUCAUAGCCCUGUUCAUCACCAGCUGGCUGCUCAGUGGUUCCUGGCUAGCAGGGGCUCUCACUGGAGUCUGGUACAUCCUCAACAGAGUGGACACAACGCGGGUGGAGUUCACCAUCUCGCUCAGGGAGAACUGGUCCCUGCCCUUCUUCGCCCUCCAGAUAGCUGCCAUCACUUGCUACCUGAGGCCUCACCUCAAACCCAUCCAGCAGAAGGUGGUGUUGUGGCUGAUGUUCCUGGCCACGUUGUGUUUCUGCCUCACCUGGCAGUUUAAUCAGUUCAUCCUGCUGGUUCAGGCUCUCAUCAUCUUCACCCUGGACUGUCUGGACCUCAUCUCCACAGAACAGGUGACCUGCCUGUACCUAGUCCAGGUAAGCAGCCUGCUCUCCGUGUGGCUGCUGCAGUUCUGUAACUCCAUGAUCCUAGGCUCUCUGGCUCUCAGCUUCAUUGUGGCCGCUCUCUUUGUCAAGCACUUCCAGAGAGGGCUGAAGACAGGUGGUCUCACAGCGCGGCUGGGAAAGCUGCUCCUUCACACCGUCCUCGUCCUUGCACUAACAUUCACUAUUAAUUAUUUAGCCAAGCAAGCGUUGCAGCUCCGAUCUGACGAACACAUCUUUAAAUUCAUCAGGUCCAAAUUUGGCUUGGGGCCUACCAGAGAUUUCGAUGCCAGUCUUUACCUGUGUGAGGAAGCCUUUGGGCUGCUUCCCUUGGACACGUUUGACCGCUUGGCUGGCACUCUGCUGGCAUACCCUUACCUUGUCACCCUGAUUGUGCUCCUGGUGAUGCUGGCGCUGUUAACACUGGCCAACCUCUGUGAUUCUUCAGCGGUCGGGCGGCCACCGAAAGGCCGGUUCGAGGAGCGGCCGAUCUGUAUGCGGGCAGAUGUCGCCUACAAUCUGUUACACACCGUCUUCUUCGGCCUCCUGGCGCUCAGCACCAUGAGAAUGAAAUAUCUGUGGACUGGCCAUAUGUGUGCCUUUGCUGCCUAUGGCGUGUGUGGCAAGGAGCUGUGGUCCCUCUGCCUAAACACGAUCCACUGUAACACUAAAACAAAGCUGAGGCUGAUCAGGUACACGGUUCCACUUGCCAUUCUGGGAUUUCUAUGUUACAAGUUCUGGCCCAAACUGAUGACGGAAGUAUCAGAACUGAGAGAAUUCUACGACCCUGACACCGUUGAGCUGAUGACCUGGAUUAGCUCAAAGACCCCCAAGAAGGCAGUGUUUGCUGGGAGCAUGCAGCUGCUGGCUGGGAUCAAACUGUGCACAGGGAGAGUCCUGACUAACCACCCACACUAUGAAGACCGAGCCCUGAGAGAGAGGACCAGACAGGUGUAUCAGAUCUACGCCCGGCAAUCUCCGGAGGAGGUCCACAGGAUCCUGCGCGCGGCGGGGGCUGAUUUCGUGGUGAUGGAGGACAGCGUCUGCUACGAGAGGAGGCAUGGCCGGGGCUGCAGGCUCCGAGACCUGCUGGACCUGGCCAACGGACACAUCAUGGAUGGCCCCGGGGACAACGACCCAGACUUGGUCCACGCCUCCCAUCCUCGCUUCUGUGAGUCCGUCAAGACAGGCGGCCCUGCCUACACAGCCCUCUUCUCCCGCGUGUUCCAAAACAAGACCUUCCACGUCUACAAGCUGAAGAAGGGCAAGAAGAGAGCCAAGGCAGACAGAGAGCCGGUGGCCAUGGAGGAUAAAACCCAGUAAUAAGACCCUGGGUUACCCCAUAAACAACGCCCCACCCACCCAUAUCCAGCCCGCCGCCCAGUCUCCGACUCAGCCUCCUGCUCCCUGCCAAGUCGAUAACCUGAUGACUGCUCUCAGCUCUAUGGUCUACCCGACUUCAUCUGGAACCACGGCUGCACUCUCCCACCCGCCGCCCUCCCUCCUUCCAUCCCUCCGUGCGCCACGGCAGCCCGAGGCAGGUAAUCACGUCCGGCUGACACGGCGCUGAUUUGAGCAGCGUCUGAUUGCGGCGGGCGAGCAGAUGAGCACAUGCAUAUCAAACCAGGGCUUUGUGUCAGGAAGCUCAUGUUUAAACAGGAGAGGAGGGAUGACGGCGCAUCACAACAACAUUCACGGCUCCCUCUCGCUUUCACCCAGACUAAAGGCAGAGCAGAGAAGAAAGAGGAGAGGGACCUUUGAGAGGGGGCUGAUUGAAAGCUAGAGCAGCGUGGGUAAUUAUUGCGAAGGCCAGUCUGGUCCUCUUUGGUGGCCGGGUCUGCAGCCUGACUGCACAGCCGCACCCUGUGCCAUUUUCCUUCAUUUUUAUUUUAAAAACCGUGCCAUGUCUCGUCUCCACUUGUUAAUGAGGACUCCUUCUUUCGAUACUCUCUCACAAGGUUCUGCAUACGUUGUCAGUUGCGGUGCAUCAAGGGGAAGUGGCAUUCUCAUUGUAAUGCAUAACAGUCAUACCACUGUGAAGAGGAUUUGCUUGUUCAUUCCGUUGCAUUGAAAUUGGAUGUUUAAUUUAGUUGGCUGACAAUUUUUUUUAUGAGGGAGAAGUCAUUCCAUUAUGUUUUCCUAAUAAGUUUUUUUUUAUUUUACCUUUAUUUUACUAGGCAAGUCAGUUAAGAACAAAUUCUUAUUUUCAAUGACGGCCUAGGAACAGUGGGUUAACUGCCUGUUCAGGGGCAGAACGACAGAUUUGUACCUUGUCAGCUCGGGGAUUUGAACUUGCAACCUUCCAGUUACUAGUCCAAUGCUCUAACCACUAGGCUACCCUGCCGCCCCAUAUGUGCAUACUAAUGUAAUGUUGAGCAUUAACAUAGUUCAUUUUCAUAUUUAUUAAUAAUUCAGUUUAGAUGCAUUGGUCAUUUAAAGCAACAGUAUUUUAAUGGAAAUUAAAUGAGAACAUUUUUAUUAACUGUGUGUAUUCCCUCAACUCAACACCCCAGAAUCAUACAGUAUUCUGUAGAAGGACUGCAUUGUGGGUAAACCAUGACCACUGGUCAAUGUUGAAUUAGGUGAAUGGUUGACAUAUUCAUGGUCACUGGUCUAUAGCUAACAUACAAAUCCAAGUAUUUCGAUUUUUUUUUCACAUGUUGGUGCAUUACAACAUGUUGGUGCAUUACAUCAUGGGAUUGAAAUAGAUUUGUAAUUUUCUGUCAUUGAUUUACUUUUUUUAUACCGAUUUUAAUACAAAAUUAAAUAACUAAAAUAUAGUUGUUGCACAACUAUUCACCCCCCUUUGUUUAGGCAAGCCUAAAUUAGUUCAGGAGUAACAUUUGCUUAACAAAUCACUUAAGUUACAUGGACUCACUCUGUAUGAAAUAAUAGUAGUUGACGUGAUUUUUAAUGACUACCCCUUCCUUUGUCCCCCCCCUAUGUACAACAUCUGUAAGGUCCCUCAGUCAAGUAUUGAAUUUCAAGCACCGAUUCAACUACAAAGACCAGAGGGGUGUACUAGAAAGCAAGCUACAGUAGAUCUACUUAGGGUUUUCUAGAGCUAGCCAGCUUCAGUUACUUUCCCAUUCCAGCUCAGGCUUCCAUCCGACCUACGAUGGGGGAUAUUGCACGUCCGUCUGCCGCUAACUCGAGCAGGCUUGUAACUGCGUUUGUAUGUCGCACGUGGCUAGUCAAAACACCAGACUUUUCAUUGAGACUGCGUUUGUAUGUCGCACGUGGCUAGUCAAAACGCCAGACUUUUCAUUGAGACUGCGUUUGUAUGUCGCACGUGGCUAGUCAAAACGCCAGACUUUUCAUUGAGACUGCGUUUGUAUGUCGCACGUGGCUAGUCAAAACACCAGACUUUUCAUUGGGACUGCGUUUGUAUGUCGCACGUGGCUAGUCAAAACACCAGACUUUUCAUUGAGACUGCGUUUGUAUGUCGCACGUGGCUAGUCAAAACACCAGACUUUUCAUUGGGACAAUUCUGAAACAUCAAUCCAUGGGAAAGUCAGUGCCACAUUUUCAUUUGUGCCAAAAUAAAAUUGAAAGAAAAGUUAUCUAGCAAAUUCAGCAGGCUUUCGUGUGAAAUAGACUUUUAGAAGUGCUGUCUGUAUUUUAUUACUUGGGUGUGGUUAUUAACACACAAAUACCUUUUCCCCCACUCCUAUUGAUAAAAUAAUUGUAUUAAGCCAUAAAUGUUUUACUGUGCGUGAAGUUUCAAAUGCAUUUGUCAUUACUGCAUUUGUAAUGUAAUAGGUAUUUUAAUAUGGUCACACUUUAUUUGGAUAGUCCAGAUAGCCCCAUCUGUAGAUGGUCAUACUGUCAAUAUGCUAUCAAGGUCAUACUAUCUGUUGUUAAGCAACUGUGGUUACGGUUUGGUUUAUGCUAUGGUUAGGGUUAAGUUUCAAAUGCAUUUGUCAUUACUACAUUUGUAAUGUAAUAGGUAUUUUAAUAUGGUCACACUUUAUUUGGAUAGUCCAGAUAGCCCCAUCUGUAGAUGCUCUACAGAUGGUCAUACUGUCAAUAUGCUAUCAAGGUCAUACUAUCUGUUGUUAAGCAACUGUGGUUACGGUUUGGUUUAUGCUAUGGUUAGGGUUAUGUUACGGUUAGGGUAAGGGAUAGGGCUAGGGUUAGUAGAUAGUUUAAAUGUUACAGCUGCUCUACAGACACCCCCCCUCCCAUUUUUUUUAUUUUUUUUAUUUUUUAAAUAAUCCAAAACUAUAGUAAUACUGCAACAACAAAAAUACAUGUCAAAGGAAUACACUUUCUGGCCUAAAUGCAAAGCCUUAUGUUUGAGGCAAAUUCAACACAACGCAUCACUGAGUAACUGUACAGUAUCCUUAUUUGCAUCAUGUUAUGGGUAUGCUUGAGACUGGGGAGUUUUUCAGGAUAAAAAUAAAUAGUAUGGAGCUAAGCACACGCAAAAUCCUAGAGGACAACCUGCUUCAGUCUGCUUUACACCAGAUGCUGGGAGAGGAAUUCACCUUUCAGCAGGACAAUAACCUACAGUUGUGGACAAAAGUUUUAAGAAUGACAAAUAUAGAUUUUCACAAAGUCUACUGCCUCAAUGUCUUUAGAUAUUUUUGUGAUAUUUUUUAUUUAUUGUGGAAUACUGAAGUAUGAUUCCAAGCAUUUCAUAAUUCUCAAAGGCUUUUAUUGACAAUUCCAUGAAGUUGAUGCAAAGAGUCAGUGUUGACCCUUCUUUUUCAAGACCUCUGAAAUCCACCCUGGCAUGCUAUCAAUUAACUUCUGGGCCACAUCCUGACUGAUGGCAGCCCAUUCUUGUAUAAUCAAUGCUUGGAAUUUGUGGGGUUUUAUUUGUCCAACCGCCUCUUGAGGAUUGACCACAAGUUCUCAAUGGAAUUAAGGUCUGGGGAGUUUCCUGGCCAUGGACCCAAAAUAUCAAUGUUUUGUUCCCCGAGCCAUUUAGUUAUCACUUUUGCCUUAUGGAAAGGGGCUCCAUCAUGCUGGAAAAGCAUUGUUCGUAACCAAACUGUUCCUGGAUGGUUGGGAGAAGUUGCUCUCUGAGGAUGUGUUGGUACCAUUCUUUAUUCAUGGCUGUGUUCUGAAUCAAAAUUGUGAGUGAGCCCACUCCCUUGGCUGAGAAGCAACCCCACUCAGGAUGCUUUACUGUUGGCAUGACACAGGACGGAUGGUAGCGCUCACCUUGUCUUCUCCGGACAAGUUUUUUUCCAGAUGCCCCAAACAAUCAGAAAGGGGAUUCAUCAGAGAAAAUGACUUUACCCCAGUCCUCAGCAGUCCAAUCCCUGUACCUUUUGCAGAAUAUCAGUCUGUCCCUGAUGUUGUUCCCGGAGAGAAGUGGCUUCUUCGCUGCCCUUCUUGACACCAGGCCAUCUUCCAAAAGUCUUCGCCUCACUGUGCGUGCAGAAGCACUCACACCUGCCUGCUGCCAUUCCUGAGCAAGCUCUGUACUGGUGGUGCCCCUAUCCCGCAGCUGAAUCAACUUUAGGAGACGGUCCUGGUGCUUGCUGGACUUUCUUGGGUGCCCUGAAGCCUUCUUCACAACAAUUGAACCGCUCUCCUUAAAGUUCUUGAUGGUGAUCUGAUAAAUGGUUGAUUUAGGUGCAAUCUUACUGGCAGCAAUAUCCUUGCCUGUGAAGCCCUUUUUGUGCAAGGCAAUGAUGACGGCACGUGUUUCCUUGCAGGUGACCACAGUUGACAGAGGAAGAGCAAUGAUUCCAAGCACCACCCUCCUUUUGAAGCUUCUAGUCUGUUAUUCGAACUCAAUCAGCAUGGCAGAGUAAUCUCCAGCCUUGUCCUCAUCAACACUCACACCUGUGUUAACGAGAUAAUCACUGACAUGAUGUCAGCUGGUCCUUUUGUGGCAGGGCUGAAAUGCAGUGGAAAUGUUUUUUUGGGGGGGGGAUUCAGUUCAUUUGCAUGGCAAAGAGGGACUUUGCAAUUAAUUGCAAUUCAUCUGAUCAUUCUUCAUAACAUUCUGGAGUAUAUGCAAAUUGCCAUCAUACAAACUGAGGAAGCAGACUUUGUGAAAAUGAAUGUCUCAUUCUCAAAACUUUUGGCCACGACUGUACAACGCAAGGCCAAAUCUACACUGGAGUUGUUUACCAAGAAGAUAGUAAAUGUUCUUGAGUGGCCAAGUUAGUUUUGCCUUAUAUCUGCUUGAAAAUCUAUGGCAAGACUUGAAAAUGGCUGUCUAGCCAUAAUCCCCAACACCUUGACAGAGCUUAAUGACUUUAGAAAAGAAUAGAGGACAAAAAUCCAGGUGUGCAAUGCUCUUAGAGACUUACCCCAAGAAGACUAAUUGCUGCCAAAGGUGUUUCAAACAUGUAUUGACCCAGGUGGGUGAAUACUUAUCUAAUCAAGAUCAAUUAAUGUUUUAUUUUCCAUUCAUCUAAAAAAUAUAUAUAUAUUAUUACACUUUGACAUUACAGUAUUUUGUGUAGACAAAAAUGUAAUCCAUUUGAAUCCCGCUUUGUAACACAAUAACAUUUGAAGAAAUCCAAGGGGGGUGAAUACUUAUGAUAGGCACUGUAGUCUAAAUCCUGAUGUAAACCAAUUCAGACUUAACAGGGUAAUGUCAAAUGAUUCAAUACUGUAAAUGGUUAAUGUGUGUUAUUUUAUUGCAUAUUGGCAAUAUAGACUGCAUCAUGUUGUUGUUUAAAGAUUUAACAACUCGAGAAUGAAAGUGCCUUCAACAUUGUCUAUUUAAUCUCUGUGUUGAUGUAAAAUGUGUCUAGUGUUAUUGAACCUAACAGUUGCUUGCAGUGCUGAAAAAUGAAAUUCUAAAUGGUAUACAUGUCAUUUUCAUAGUUGUAUUUUGCAUGAUUUAAGCUUUGUCAAAACUUGAAACUUUACAGAGGAAAAUCUUACAGGGGGGGGGGGGUUACAUAUCAAAUAGGCAUCAUUUUGGGGAUUGAAUGCAUAUUGUUUACAUGAAUGUUUCCAAUAUUCUGUCGACCGCAUCAGAUUUUGUACCAUCUGACAAGCAUUCCAAGUCAUGAUGACAAUUUUCUAUGGGCCAGUCUUCUUCAUUACUUAACACUGUGUUUAAUCUAGAAGACGCCCCUCUGCUAUUCUGGUGCUUGUGAUAUUUCCUCUCCUAUUGUUCUGUGUCUGUCUGUUCACCCAGUAAAUGGGUUGGUCCUGUUUGACGUGCCUGUGGAGAAAUUGCACUAGUUGGUGUGGCAUAUCAUGUUUUAUGUUGUUUCAUCUUCCUUGUGAAUGCAGUUUACCAUUGAUCAGUGUUCCAUGUUCUUAUCGAAAGGGACUUUGUUUCCUCUGUUGCUUUGUAUAAAACAUGUUUUUUUUCUCUUCACAUUUGGUAUUCUGCUGUCAUUUUUUCAUUCUUUUGAUGUUCACACCAAAAAAUUAAUUGCAAGAGAAUAAAUGCAAUGAUGGAGAUACCAAGUCCAAAAACAAGAA